UCCCCAUUCGGACGUUGUCAAUGCCUGAACAUUUGUUUGUUUGUUCAGUGCUGACCGAAUAACAAAAAUUCCCCAGUGAAUUCUCAAUUCUCGGGCAUCUCGGAAUCGUUUCGAAGCCAAAGCAAAAAGCCGCUGUUAGCAAUGUCCAAGCAAUGUCUGAGGCAGCCACGUCACACUGCGAGCGGCAGAAGCGAUAGAAGCGACAGGGAGUGUGGCGCUGUUCGAUCGAUCGAUAACACAUCGAUCGAUCACACUAGCCUUCGGUCCGCAACUAGGUCACGCCCCCUGGCGCGACUGGAUCGUCUGCUACGCCGUUGGCUACCCGGCUACAAUUAUUUGCGUGGUCCCAUUGCUCCCAUUGACGGCAGCAGCAGCAGCCACAGCCAAAGCAGACCAUCAGCAGAUAUCCUUGGAGCAGGACGAUCAACAUCUAGAUUGCAACAACAGCAGGACAUGGGGAACAGCGUCACAGUCGAGGUGACAGCAUCGUCAUUGCCCAUGCAGAAGCGUAAGGAUGGCGAAGUUUUACUGGAUGCGGGAAUUGCCAAGUCCGAGUUCUGCAUGAAGCUGGAGAAGCUGCUGCGUGCCAAGCUGAUUGUCAAGGAGUAAAUUAAUGUCCGCCACUUAUUUAUAUACAAUACGACCACUAUAUUUAUUUCCGAUGAUCAACCAGCACCACCAAUGCCAAUAAAUUGCAGUUAAUAAAAUUUUGAAGCGCUGAGAUGAAGCCGUGCCUGAGA